GGUCAGUACCUAGAAGGCAGGAACACGUACUUACGCUCAAUGACUAACACUUGUUGGGUUUUUCUAGUUGCAGUUUUCAACAGAUUAAAUCUAGCUAGUUUAUUAAGUUGUGCUAACUUCCUUGUCACUUACGGCUGUGCAUUGAAGACUUCUUGUGUGACAAAAUUUGAAAUAAUACAACCAGUGACAAGAUGUUAAAAUUUUUGCUUUAAAGCAUAUGAUAUGUGAGUGAUAUAUUUUGAAGCAAAAUGACUUGUAUUUUAUUUUAUGGUAACUUUGUUUACCUCGUUGGCGUCCCAACUGUUGUUCUUAGUUUAAGGGUUGUAUCUAGUGACUAUGCUAACGUCGCCCUUAACAAGCCAACACAUCAGGAGAGCCCAGCAGUAGUGUGGGACGCCAGGUUUGAAUCUAGUAACGCUGUAGAUGGACUCAAAUCAAACCAUACUUGGGACGAGGGGCAGUGUGUUGUUUCAGCGUACGGCAAACAAACCGCCACCUGGUGGGUGAACCUGUCCAGCAUCCACAGCAUUCAUCAUAUCAACAUCUAUUUUCGGACAGGCAAUGAAAAAUUGGGUUUUGACCAGCCUCUCAGAGUCACAGUUUCGCCUGGAUAUUUAAGGCUGAAGGAAGGACAGCCAGCAGUGUUCAGAUGUCAGUCCAGUGUACCCGUGCCACUGCGAUGGAGUACAAGCAGCAAUAAAUCUCUGCCUGUGCAAGCCUCGGUUGGGGACAACUAUCUGGAAAUUCCAGAAACGCGGAUUUCGGACUCGGGAUCUUACAAGUGUUUUGCUGUUGGUGAGGAAUCAAGGUUUUUUGCGGUUGCCAGAUUAGAUAUUUAUUCAGAAUGUGAAGCAGACAAAAUGAUGUGUUCCAAUACAAAGUGUGUACCAAUCAGCUUUAUUUGUGACGGAGAUAACGACUGUGGGGACUUCUCCGACGAAAGAAAUUGUACGGGCAACACGUGUAGACCAGACCAAAUGACCUGUUCCAAUGGAAAGUGUGUACCAAUCAGCUACAUCUGUGACGGAGAUAACGACUGUGGCGACCUCUCCGACGAGAGAAACUGUGCAGCCAGCACGUGUGGACCAGACCAAAUGACCUGUUCCAAUGGAAAGUGUGUACCAAUCAGCUACAUCUGUGACGGAGAUAACGACUGUGGCGACCUCUCCGACGAGAGAAACUGUGAAACCAUAUCGUACAUGCCAUCCAACUUCCUUGGUUUUUCGGUGUAUGUCUCAAACACAACAUAUAGGUCACAAGGAACCUUGUGUUUCAAAGACAACAAUUUUACCACAAGUAGCCUGCCUGCAGUGUUCACUAUCAACUGUUCCGUCCACGGACAGUACGUCAUCUACUACAACGAGAGACUCCCUGGUACUGCAUACCCUGACGACUAUUCUAUGUACGCCUUUAAUGACGUCUGUGAGGUGGAGGUCUACGAAUCACUAAAAGAAGACAGUGUGAAUAACUGGCAGACUAUGUUCUACUGUAUGCUGGGUGUUUUUUGCGUUUCGCUAAUCAUCAAUGGACUACUUGUUCAGUGUGUGCAUUCACGAGGAAAACGGCUGAAGAAACAGAGAACAAAUGACGAAGCGCAGUGGAGAAAUGGCGAACUUCUUAAUGUCUCGCAGAACUGUAAUGACUAUGAAAAUUUUCAACAAACUCCUGUUGAAAUAUACGAUACUGUCGUAUAGUCGAUAUAUGUAGAUGGUCACGCUGCUGUGCAUUUUAUUUCAGUGAUUUGGUUAUUUAUCACUCUUGUGUUUCUUAAUUUUAGGCAAAAACUCAAUCCAGCAAAAUUAUUCAAAACAAUUAAACCAGAUAAUUUAUUUAGCGUUUGUCAGUCUGCGAAUCUUUCAAAUGUGAAAUAACACUCUUUAGUGAGAAAAGACAUCAUCUAUCUAUAUAUAUAUAUCUAUCUAUCUAUCUAUCUAUCUAUCUAUCUAUCUAUCUAUCUAUCUAUCUAUCUAUCUAUCUAUCUGUACAAUUUUCCCAUGUCACCCUCUUUAUGGUGUCUGACUGUUUACAAAAUAAUUGACUUCUACUUAAUGUCAAACAUUUUAUUUCUAUAAGUUGUUCUUCGAAAAACUCAGAUACCUGCCGGUUAUGUGUUUCACAGCAAAAAAUAUGAAACGUAGAGAGAGAGAGAGAGAGAGAGAGAGAG